UGUGUACCUUCCCACUCGCACAUGUUAGAACUGUUCUAAACUACUUCAUUCGCCUCUUAAAUACCUAAUUCAUCUCUCAUUCCAUGGCGAGCGUCUGCAGCACUUUACUGAGGCCGUUCGAAGUCGACAAUUAUGUGGAGAAUCUCGAGUGCAUCCGGAUUGAAGAGAUGUUUUCACAGAGGUGGGUCAAGCAGAGCUGCCGCCUUAUACAGCUUAGUGUGGAAGUUGCUCUGGAGACAUCACAUAGGAGGGAGGAAUACGUACAAAGGAGCAUCACGCUGCAUAAUAAGGGUCUGGUGAUAAUAUGGCAUCUACUCAUGGGAGAGUCAUGGCGUCUUCAUCUGCUCCCGCUUGUCUGGAAGCAGGGAACGCCUCCCACGUCGUCUCUGCCUCUCAUGUUGGUGUUACAGACUGAGUCAGCAGCUUUGACCAUCCUGGAGUCCUUGGUUUUCCACGAAGAAUCAGCCGAGGCCUUGGAUGCCCUUGUCCUGGACGUAAUUGACUAUUGUGUGAGGCAGCUAACAUUUCUAACCAGCUAUGCACAGUAUCAUGAAGUACCUCCAUACACUCCUGAAGCCGCACUUAAAGCUUCUGGGGGCCUGAGUAACAGCGAAAGUGCAGAAAGUGGUGAGGAAACUGUAAGCACAAUCCAAGGUGAAGUGUCUGAAGAAAAGAAUCGCCUGUGUAUGGUUCUUGCCUGCAGAAGUGUGGCUGUGAUCCAGCUCCUUACGGCAUGUAGGUCCAAGCUUCCCCUGUGCGCUAUGACAAGUCUCCUGCAGACGCACGACGUCCCCCAGCUUCUGGCAACACUGCUUCAACUAACGCCGUGGAAAGCCACCCACAAGGACACUGCGUACGAUUUCCAGGACGGCCAGUGGGUUACAGAAAAGGAUGCCAAGCCAUCCGGUCCCGUGAACCGCAUUGAGGGGCAGAUAUGGGUUACACUCUACACCCUUCUGAUGGAUCAGGAGACUCUGUCCAUGUACGAGCUGAGUCAGGGGAGGCGAGCGGCCCUGCUUAAGAUCCGAGGGAAACUCAAUGAAGCUUUGCUGUCUCACCUUCCAGUUCUGGAGCCGUUCGCAAAGUGGCUGUCUGCUCUAGCUCUUACCACACCACAGCAAGCCAGGCCACCACCUUUGGUUACCACUGUUAGGCAGCUUGGCGAUGGAGUCGUCAGCCAGUGGACAGGCCGCUGGCAAGAACUCUUCCAGAUUUUGGCCCCAAGAUGUCUCUCACCAAGCCAGGAGUCACUCAGCACUCUUGCCACCAGCAUGUCCGCUGCCUGGAACCUUGAGGCUCUGGAAGCCCUUCUUCCAGACAUUCCAGUUUGCGCUGUCUGCGGGAGUCCAGCCGGGCGGAGAUGUUCGCGCUGUCGCAUGCAGUGGUACUGCCGUAGGGAGUGUCAGGUGAAACACUGGCCAACCCACCAGUCGUUGUGUGACGUCAUUAGCGCUGUUCCUUCCAAGAGCGAGACCAACGUCAUUGACUAGAGCAAAGAACUUGUACCAAUGAAGGGUACGCGUACAUAUGGAUCCCCGUCAAAGCGUCUGUUAGAAAUUCUUGAUUCUUCGCAAUUCCUGGAAAUUUUUAAUAACAUGGUGAAUCAUCCUCAUCAUCAUCAUCAUCAUCCAGGUGCCAUGUCCCCAAGAACGUCGGCAAUCAUGGCUACUGAGCUGCAGUCAUUCUCACCAAUCCAUCCACAUGUUUUUGUCUAGGUCUUCCUCUCGGUCUCUCUCCUUCCAUUGAUUUUACCAGUGAGAGAGAGAGAUGCUCUAUUUACAGGGUGAAUAGGCGGGAGUAGUUAUUUUGCACUAGAUUGAGGCCCGAUCCCUGUGUUCUCAAUAGAGUCUCAAAUUGAUCAAAUCUGUACAAGGGAAGGUGAACUGGUUUAAUAGAAAUCAGAGUUUCAGUAACUGAAGGGAAAACCGCUAAACCAAUAAUAUAUAGGGCUGUCCAGUAGUUAGCAGAUGGGACACAGGCUAUUAACUCAGGAGAUGGAAAACUGGCACAGGAAUUAGGAGAGGAAUGUCAAAAUAUCUGAAGGAUCUGGCACAGGGGAGACAUUUCAGAAAAAAAAGAGGAAUUAUCCACAGGUACUGUAGGAACUGAAAAAUGGAUGACUGACUCUUUCUCGAAAGGUUGAAGUUUAACCACUUUAUUUUAUGAAACUCUAUUUAGGAUAACUUAGCUUGGCCCAUUUCCUCCAACACCUCAAGACAGCGUCAAAAAGUCUCAAUUAGUCCCAUACCAGCAAAUGAUAUUGGCAACAAGUUCUCAAGAGAGAGAGAGAGAGAGAGAGAGAGAGAGAGAGCUCUCCCAGCUAAGUAUAGGAAAUCGAUCGAACUUCUAAGUAGAAGUGCCGAUGAAGGACAGAAUAAGACGAAUGGGGUUUUUAGAAAAACUUAUAGAAUUCCCAGUUGAGAUCCUGUAGCAUAAAUAACUCAAUGUAUUCCUCUUCCGAGAAUAAAUUGCAACCUUAC